AUGUUUAAUGCAGCCAAUUCACCUAUUUCUGCGGAUGACGAUUCACCGCGUACUCAGCAUAGAGAACAACUUCAAGGACUCGACUCCAUCUCACAGUUGCAAACCGCUCACAGCAAAUUUGUCUCACUUCUGCAAGUAUGGCCCGAACAACUCGCCGACAAGGUCUUUAAUGGAACAGGUGUGGUGAUUGUAGGUGGUGGAGAAUACUUUGGUCCAGCUAUCAUUGGUAUCCAUAUGUUGCGUCGUAGCGGCAGCAAUCUUCCAGUCGAGGUCUUUGUGACUGACGCUUCUGAGUACGAGGAGAAGCUGUGCAAAGAUUACCUGCCUAAACUCGGAGCCAGCUGCUUGAUCCUGUCCGACUUCAUACAAGGCUUCAAGGUCACACACUAUCAGCUCAAAUCUCUAGCCAUGUUGCUCAGCUCAUUUGAACACGUACUCUACCUCGACAGCGACAGCAUUCCUCUCCUGAAGCCCGAGUCAGAGCUCUUCGCAACAGAACCAUAUGCCUCCACUGGCCUAGUCAUCUGGCCCGACUUCUGGAUCUCCACUGAAUCUCCUUCUUUCUACAAAGUCGUCGGUCUCGACAAGAUGCCUCCGGAUCUACCCAAAUCGUCUUCGGAAGCAGGUCAACUUCUCAUCAACAAAAGCAAGCAUUUGAAGACUUUAUUGCUGGCAACAUAUUACAACAUCUAUGGGCCCAAUCAUUACUACCCCCUUCUUAGCCAAGGUGCGCUCGGACAGGGAGACAAGGAAACAUUCAUGGCUGCUGCAAUGGUGCUCAAUACUUCGUACUAUCGUGUCAAGACCGGUGUUGAGUCGGUUGGACGCAAUACUGGAGACGAAGUAAAAGGCAGUGGAAUGAUCCAAUUCAGCCCCCCUGACGACUUCCAAAACCAUAAUGGAAACACGAAUACAAAGCCCAGAGCCGCCUUCAUACACGCCAAUACCCCGAAGAUGAAUGCUGGACAUCUAGUCGACGAAGGCGAUCUGUUGAGCGCCAUCGAUUCCAAGCCACUGCGGCUGUGGGGUCCGCGGGAAGAGCAGAUGAGGAUGUUCGGGGUCGAUCUGGAGAAGGCCGUGUGGGAGCUGAUUGUACAGACUGGUUGCGAGCUGGCUGAUGUGAUCCGAGAAUGGUCUGACCGUGAGGACCUGUGUCGUCGUCUGAACAAACACUGGGAUGGUGUUUUCAAGGAGGACUGA